AUAUUUUUGUUAAACAUAAGUUGUCUCCAAACAUGGAUAUGAAGAUAUUUGUUUUGGUAUCCACCCUCUGUUUUAUCAAGAACAUUCAAGCCCAAUGCCUCAGACCGGCCUACAUAGAUGUCCCAAUGGUUCCUUCUAUAAAUCUAGAUUAUCAAAGAAGAAUCAUAGAUCUCCCACCACCCACUUUCUGCGUGGAGACCGAUGCGCCACUCAUCAUCAGCGGAGGAGUCCUAGUGAAUGGAAGACUACCUUUCGUGGGUGCAGUAGAAGUGGACGGAAUCCUCCCUAGUCUUGGACAAGGCUCCGUACUGUAUAGGUGCGGUCGAAGCGAGAUUGGGAUCAUUGAGGAGCUGCCGUUAAUUUAUUAAGUAUUUUAAUGGUUAUUGUUGAAUAAAUGUGUAAGUUUUA